AUGAUCAGUUCUGAAAGGAGGCGACUAGAGGAUUUACAGAAUGACGCUAUGCUUGAUGCACUGCUUGCCGAUAUAGCUACCAACAAAGAAAAACUCUCAGCAAUCAGCAACAGUAUGAUGAGUCUACAUAAAAGGGUUCAAUCAUUGCAAAUGAGAGCGGCGAAUAUAGAGAAAGUGGCUAAGAGUAAGGUCAAUCAGAAACCACAAAGCAGUUAG